GCUUUUACCAAGCCUUUCUCUUCCUGGUCGCCCGUGAACGCGAUGGUGGAGCCCUGGAACAAAGUCAACCUUCCGUGUCCGAGUGCUGUGUCCUCAUGUCAGAUCACGUUUAACGACACUACGGCCAGUAUAACCGAGUGUCUCGUGGCGCACUGCGAGGACGCCCUGCAGCUGCUGUGCAGCGACGUGCUGCGGACGGAGAUCCGCGUCCUGUACGAGAUCAUGUACGUGGUGAACAACAGCUUGAGAAAACACAAGCCUUUCCGGGCCAUAAAGCAGGUUGAGCAAUGCAUAAAUCGGUUAAAUGAAAUGAAAUUGCAGAGAGCGUUACAAGAUGUGGAGGAGCUAUGUCCAAACAAAACUCAGAGGGAUGAAGGAGUGGAGUUCGGACAUUGCAGCGUUCCCAGCCAGCCUGUGCUGGAAUGGUUUUGUCUGAAGUUGUUGGGAGCAUCCAGCCUUGUGGCGCGGACCCUGGACCAGUGCACCAUAGCCUUCUCACUAACCAGGCAGCAUCUUUAUUUGGCUGAGUUCAUCGUGCUGAACUUGGUGCUCACAAGCAUGCUCAGUCGACUCUGGGUGUUCUUCAGAGGUAUCCUGAGAACCCUGGUGCCUGUGUACCAGAGGGCUAUAGAGCUCCGCCUGGAGGUGGCCCAGUGUCGGCCCAUGGCCUACCUGACUGACUUCCCCCUGCCUGAGAACCUGCAAGCCUUCCUAGGCCCUACACGUGCUGAUCUGCUUCAGGAGGGGCACAGAACGGAGCCCUCUGGGCUAGAGAGACGCUCCAAACCUUCUCUCCUCGACAAGCUGUUUGAGGCAGGUGAAAGGGAACGCCCGGAAGAGCAAGGGAUGUCCAGUGUGCUUGCUAGUGAGGGAAUGGAGUCUAGUACGGAUCUAGGGAGGGCCGUUUUACGACGAGGUCCUCAUCACUCCCCAUUGGACAUAAAGUUGAUGCUUCAGCGAAUCCAUGGCGGUUCCAAACAGCAUGCAGCAGAAGUGACCGUAUCGCCAGCGCAGUGGGGUGUGUCCAAAUCGGCUGUAGAAAAGCAGAAGAGGACGUUGUUGAAGCGUCUAAAGGCGGCAUCCUCCUUUAGCGACAUGGCCGUCCUCCUCGAAGACGUGAUGGGCUGGUGCCGGAGGUGGAAAUUGCAUCAAGAGCGUCGGCACCUUGCCUUUGUACUCCUUAGGUGUCGGAGGAUGAAGGCCCUGGAGUGUGAGGGCAUCAGUGUGCAGAAGAAACUCCGGAGAACUUGGCUAAGUGUUCGCCGUGUGAUGCUUAAAGGAACCUCCCUGCCAAGAUCCUCUCCUUACUUUCGCUGGAGAACUCGGGGCUUCCUCAGAACACGUUUCACAAUUAUGGCACGUUAUCAAAGUGUCAGGAACCGAUUUAGGGUUAGAACACGGUCUCAAAUAGCCAAAGACCUUUUUGGUGCAACUGACAAGUCAUCACAGAAAUACAAAAUGGACUCAAAUAUUUCAUCUUUCCAAACAAAAUUCUUUAAAAGUGGGGGGUCAGGACGUGAGGUGGUACUCAUUCCCAAGGAAAAACAAAAAGAGACAGAGAAAGCUAGUAUGGUGCCUAACGAUGAGAUUGAUGAUAUCUUCUCAUCACUUGGGUUUUAAUGUUAUGGAUAUAGAGAUUUUAUUUAGAAUUAAAAAUCGCUAUCUACAAAUAACAAACUUCACUGGGUUUGUGUAAAGAAUGUUUGGCUCAUAUUAACACAUUCAGAUUUCAGACGUAUUCGUAUUCCAGCUGAAAACAUUCUGUACUAUUCCGUUAGCUUUCCUAAAAUGUGAAAACAUCCUGCAGUGUAAAGAUGUAGUAAUGCAAUUGCUGAGAUUCCCCCUGUAAUGAGUGCAGGUCUGUUUAGAGCAGGGAAGAAGACUACUGCAAUUCCUGCACCUUUUUCUGAUCACGUGUACUCAUUGAGUGCCCUUGUUAUGACACAUGUGAAUUUACAGACAGUGUUUUCCUGUAAAUCCCCACCCACAAUAUACCAGAGUGCUCUUGCAAAACUAGAUCGGGCUGUUUGCUCAGUUCUAGUUCAAAGAUUUUAUCACCUACUACUUCACUUCUGCACACCCAUAAUGAAGAAGUAGUCAUUUUUGAACAAAUACAGCGUUUGUGUGCACUAUAUGACUGCAGGAAAACUUUUUCCACCUUUCAGUUUAAAGAAAAGCAUCAAUAACUUAUUAUAUGUCCUCUUCUAUUUUAAAAAUAAUGUUCUAUUCAUUAUAUAGAGUGCAAUUGUUAACUGGAUUGAAAGUAAUAGCAUCACAGUCUUUCAUGUGAUAUAUGAAGAUAUAUAGUAUACCUAUUAAUGUUUGUCUAAUAUUUGUCUCAUUAUUUCUGACUCUUUACCAAUCCUGGUUCUACAUGAAAAACAACUAUAUAUUUUAAUUGAAUGUUAAAUGUCACAUCUACAAAUAUCUUAAUAACAGUACAAUAUUAAAUCAGUAUGUGAUGUACAUGACUCCUAGAUUUUUUUUUUCUUUAAUAAUCGAACUUUAAUAAUCAUUAUCCAAUAAACCAAAAAUAACUUUUAUAUGAAAAAAUAUGCAGUUUCUUUAAAAGAAAGUAUUCUUUUUUUUUUUUGUCUAACAGGCUCAUGUUAAGCACUCCAUUGUCCAGGCAAUUGUGAAUCUUGUGAUGUUGAUUUUCAAAAAUUACAUUUACAGCAUUUGGAAGACAACCUUUUCUGGAAAGUCUUGCAGAAAUUCCUUGUAAUCUGUAUGAUGAUAGCGUCAUGUAAGCAUAGAUAAUAUAAUUAUGCAUUAUAAUCAAAUCAUUGCCUUUGCUGUGACAAUAAUAAAUUGAGUGUCAAUAUUGCA